GUUUUCUUCGAAGAGUUUGGAGACCUCUCCAAGAUGAGUGUGGUUGACCGACCUCGCCCCACCGCAGGAGCCAAGGACCUCAUUGUCGAGAUGAAAGGGGCUGGUAUCAACCCAGUCGACUGGAAGAUCCGCGCUGGUUAUCUAAAGGAUGCAUGGCCCAUGGAAUUGCCCAUCAUCACUGGCUGGGAUGUAUCAGGAACAGUUGUGGAGGUCGGAUCCGAAGUCACCAACUUCAAGGUUGGUGACGAGGUGUACUCGUACAACCGUCCGGCUUUCGAUAAUCCCGAAUACGCAGCAACUGAGGACCUCAUCGGUCGGGAUGGAUGUUGUGCUGAGUAUGUCAAAGUGGCUGAGUGGAAGGCUGCGCACAAGCCGAAGUCAAUCAACCACUUUGAAGCUGGUGGCAUCCCUCUGGCGGGACUUACAGCUUACCAAGGCGUUUUCGAUCAAGGACUUAUGAAGGAAGGUCAGAGCUUGUUGAUACUGGGCGCUUCUGGUGGUGUGGGUUCGUUUGCAGUGCAGUUUGCGAAGGAUGCUGGUAUCAAAGUAACGGGCUCGUGCAGUCACCGCAAUGUGGAUAUGGUCAAGGAACUCGGUGCUGAGGUAGUUGACUAUACUAAAGGGGACGUGGAUGCACAAGUCAAGGAAAGUCACCCCGAUGGGUUCGAUGUGGUGUAUGACUGUGUGGGUGGAGACCAAACAGCCGCAGGUAUCAGAGCCUUGAAGAAGGGCGGUAUCAUCGUAUCUAUUGCGAAUACGGAUGUACCUGAGUUGGCAAAAGAGGCGGGGGAUGAUAAGGUUGGUAAAUCGUUCCUUGUCGCUGUCUCGGGCGAGCAACUGACGAAGAUUGCCUCUAUGGUUGAUUCGAAGAAGGUCAGGGUUGCGCACGUGACAACAUUCCCACUCGACGAAUCUAUCAAGGCCUUUGAAGCGCUCGAGACAAAUAGAGCACGUGGUAAGAUUGUCAUCACAAACUAA